AAUCUUCGAUAGUCAAUUCGAGAGCAAUCGAGAUCGAGGAGCAAGAAUAGACUUGUGAAUUGGAAGCGGGAAUCUGCGAAAUGUCAGUGCCAUGCCAGGUCAGCUUGUGUCAGCUUGUGAAGCAUGUUCAGAACGGAGCUGUGAACACGUUGUGUAAUUAUGGCGUGCUUUAAUUUAGACUCGGUAUUUUUUCGUAAAAGAGAAAAGACAGAUUGGCUAAAGAUGUUCGAUACUUCAAAUGCAGUAUGUAUUGCUAAGUGUAUUUUUGGUAAGGAAGAUGUGGUACCUGGUUUUUUUGAUGUUUUAGCAGAAUUAAUAAAAAAUCAUAAAAAGAAUUAUGUCAAAUACUUGGUCUCGGCACGAAAGUGGCCUCGUGCCAGGCAUGAGAAGCCCCUGAGCCAUAAAUCCAUGAGAUCGUUUCUAUUUGCAAUCUUUAAUUUUGUUGUACCCAUCCAAUUAUGUGGGAGUUUUAAGAAUCGCCGGGUUGUAAUGUUGUUUCUUGGAAAACUCCCCACAAAAGGAAGGAAUGAGACUAUAUGUAUUGGACAUGUGUUAGAAAAAGUGGACUUAUUGUCUGUAGAAUGGAUGUACUCCAUUGUUGAGCUGGAAAAGAAAAGAAGAAUUUUCAACAUGGUAUUAAAUUGGUUUGUACAAGUAUACAUAUGUGGGUUACUAGAGAAUGUGUUUUUUGUGGUCAAAACUGCACACAACUAUAAACUCGAAUAUUAUUGGAAAUCUACUUGGAAGGAAGUUUGUCAAAAAGCUAUUUUUGAAUCUGUCAAGAAAGAUAAAUUUGCUUAUGUGUCUGAUGAGGAUCAUAGUAUGUGGGAAGUAGGAGGUAGAGCUACACUUCAUUUUCGUUCAACGAAGCAUGGUGUACUACGCCCAUUAUUGAUAAAAAGUUGUAAUGCUCAACAGAAAAUUGUUCCAGACUCAUUAACAAGAAUAGUACAACACUUCUUAAAUAUUCUCUAUUGCAAAAUUGCUUCAGAAACUCCUUUCAACAAUUCAAAAAAUUUCCUUCAAAAAUGGUGUGAAAUAUAUCCUCAAUGGAAAGGCAAGAAAGUACAUUUUGUAAAAAUGGAUGUAAAAGAUGCAUUUGGAAGUGUGAAUCAUACACUUUUGAGAUGUAUAAUCAAAGUACACUUUCGAAGAUAUGUGAAUUCAGGUCAAUUAAUUGCAGUAAAAACAGUCAAAUUUAGCUCAAAUAAGACAAGGAUUUUAUUUGAUGUUUUUGAUGAAGAUUUUUGUUCUUAUCAUCAUCCAGUACAGUAUUACCCAAUUGAACUUCUGUUUGGAAUAGUUGUGAAAUCUUUUGAGUGUUGUGAGUUUCAAUGGCGAAGGAAGUUUUACAGACUGAAGUGUGGAUUGCCACAAGGAAAUGAGCUUUCUGCAUCAUUGUGCAAUUUUUAUUUGAAUGCUAUGGAUCAAAAAUAUUUGCGUGAAUUUGUAUCUGAGAGCUCAUUAUUAAUUAGAGAAAUGGAUGACUAUUUGUUCAUUACUACAUCACAUGAGCAGGCUGUUAAGUUUUACUAUUUUAUGCAGAAAGGCAUUUCAGAGUUUAAUGUUCAAAUUAAUGCUAAGACUGAGACAAGUGACACUCAUCAUGAAAUUUCUUAUCUUAAAUACAUUAUUAAUACUGAGGAUUUGGAAAUUGGAUAUGACUAUUCUAAAUAUGCUAGUAGUGACAUUGCUCAUUGGUUGUCACUAAACAGAACUGUUAAGCAAGAAAGAUUCAUAAAAGAUUCCACAAGAACAACUUGUGUAUUGUCUGAUAUCUUAGUAAAUGCCAUGUUUAAUCGCCCACAAACAGUCUUGAAGAUUAUCUUCCAGUGUGCCUAUUUGCAAGCCUCUCGAAUGCAUGCAAUGGUGGAUCGUUUGCUGUGUGGUUGUUUCAGAGAAGGAUUUGUUGUUAAGUGUUGCAAGAUAUGUGCAAAAGUAAUUCGACGAAAAUCUGUAAAACGUUUUCAGAAUCCUGAUGUUGGCACCUAUAUAACCAUGAGAGCAUUUUAUGAGCGAUUGCUACCAUUUGGAAGAUACCGAGAAGAACUUAGGCAACUCUCCUUAAGAAUGAAGACACUUCAGUUCGUUAUUAGUGACGUUAUCUUGGAAAUUGAAUAUGUGAUUCAAGAUUUGAUGUCACGUACCAGUGGAAAGCCUCUGAAAAGAAUUGAUUUUUGAGACUUAAGAUUCUUUUUAGCUCAGUAACUGUUUUUUGUUUAUACACUUAUUAUAUAUGUAUUAUACCCAUUUUUUAAAUUAUUUUUGUCAUGUUUUACUGACUUUUUAUUAUUGUAUAUAUAUUAUUGUAUUAGUAUUUGAGGCUGCAAUUGAUUUCUUGUGUCUUCUUUUAAUACUUGUUUAUCAUUUGUAAAUAAUGUCAGAAUGUCAUGAAUGCUAAUUAUAGUGAAAUGCAUUGAUUUGUGAUUUGUUCUAAUCUACUCUUUCUCAUCAAAGAGUAAAACACAAAUAUCAAUUAUUAAUGAGAUGUAUUAAAAAUCAACUUAUAAUUUUGAGUUUUUUCUUAAAUGUAUUUUCUGUUAAUUUUCUCUAGUUUGACUUGAAUAUUUGAGAUAGAUGUAUGUGGACUUAUGUCCACACAGUGCUGAAAUAUUAAAGCUGAAGGAUUGUGAUUUUUAAUCUCAA